AUGGCAUUUUAAAAUGCCUGUAUGUGCCGCCAUAAAUUGCACCAGCCGGCAGACCCGUGGAUGUGGAAAAUCGUUUCAUCGGUUUCCACAUGGGCGACCAGAUGUUUUGAAGAAAUGGGUUCUGAAUAUGAGACGUGACAAGUAUAAACCCUCCUCAAAGGCAGUGCUAUGUUCGGAUCAUUUUGAAGAACUCUGCUUUGACAGGACGGGUCAGACGAUACGAUUGCGGAUAGAUGCUGUGCCGACGGUGUUUAGCUUACCAGGAAAAGGGAUGAAGGAGAGGAAAUCAUCUGCUCAUGUUUUUCAAAAUACGGAUAGCAAACCCUUAUUCUUGUCCACCCCUCCGCCUGAAGAGCAGUGUAUACCAGUACCUAAUGAGAAAAGCAUAACGGAAGAGCAUGACUAUUGUAUCACGGACAGUCCAAAGACCUUGAAAAAGAGGCUGGAUGAAGCCCUGAGCAGCCUUCACUGUGUGAAAAGGAGGCUGAAGAUCACCCAGCAAAAGUUCAGGAGGCUAAAAUUCAAGGUUCAGUCCCUAGAAUUAAAUGGGUAUCCUGUGUAACAAAAUGGACUUAUCAUGGCUGUUACCUUUUAAUAUAUCAUGUAUGUUUGUAUAAUUCAGUGUUUUGAUACUUUGCUUUAACCUUAUCGGUAUAUAUA